CGCCUACCUCCGCCAUUUCGGCCAUUUUGAACAAUGAACAUCGUUGAAUAGAAAACGAAACUGUUGGUGUGACAAGUUUUAUAUUUUUUUUAUUUUAUUGUAUGAAUUUCAUUUUAAAAUGUUUUAGUGAAAUUCACGUUGAAUUGUCGAGUUUUUAUUCAAUUGAUUUUGGUAUCUUUAUAACCAUUGCAUCUGCCUAGAUACAUUUUAUUGAACGUUUUGCCAACGCAGCCAACAUGAGUAGAAGUAUGGUAGGUUCAAGGAUAUUUGUUGGUGGACUACCAUACCAAGUCCGUGAGAGGGAUAUCGAACGUUUUUUCAAGGAAUUUGGUGUCAUCCGUGAGAUACUUCUCAAGAAAGGAUAUUGUUUUGUUGAAUUUGACGACUAUAGAGACGCAGAUGAUGCAGUUUACGAACUAAAUGGAAAAGAAUUGAUGGGAGAAAGAGUAUCGGUAGAAAAAGCAAGAGGAACUCCACGAGGUAGCGAUGUUUGGAGAGGUUCAGGCCGUCCUCCUAGGGAUUAUGGACCUCCCCCACCCCGUAGACGAAGCAGGGGACGGGACAGGGAUGGUGAUCAUCGGAAUAACGAAAGAUAUGGGCCACCCACUAGAACCGAGUACAGACUUAUUGUAGAAAAUCUGUCAAGUCGUGUCAGCUGGCAGGAUUUGAAGGACUACAUGAGACAGGCUGGUGAAGUUACUUACGCAGACGCUCAUAAACAACGCAGAAAUGAAGGAGUUGUCGAAUUCAAUUCGUAUAGUGACAUGAAGAACGCUAUCGAACGUUUGGACGAUACCGAAUUGAACGGUCGACGCAUACAUUUGGUCGAAGAUAAACAUCGUCGUCGAUCUCAUUCGUCCAGCUCACGCUCUCGAUCUCGCUCACGUUCCCGCGGCCGCGACCGUUCCAAGUCGAGGUCUCGUAGCAGUAGAAGCGCAUCGAGAAGCCGCUCCAAGUCACCAGUUCGUUCUCGAUCCAAGUCCGCAUCUCCUGGCCGUUCAAAAUCACGUUCUCCUAGCGCGCCUAAAACCAAACGAUCUAGAUCACGUUCGAAUUCGGUCGCUAAUCAUAAACGUACCAAACGUUCAGAAUCAGAAUCAUCUGAUAAAAGAUCGAGAAGUGUAUCUCGAGAAAGGAAUGGUAGAUCGGAUGGGUCUGGAGACGAAGAUGAUUAAACUUGAGGCGCGUACGGCAUUCCAAUUUCGAUGACCUUUUUUUUUUCAUUUUUUUCUCGUCGAGUAUCUCCCAUCCAUUCAUUAAUUUUUCAUUUAAUAAUUUUAUUACGCAGUUAAGUAUGUAUUUUUUAAAUGGCCACGAAACCAGAAGUGCGCGAAAAUAAGCGGGAGGGAUGAAUGAGAAAGGUUUCAUCGCCAAAGGAGUCGAAUGAAAGAACGCCAGCGACGCUGAAAUUAUGACGGAUACCUACCCUUUUUUAUAAAUUUUCAAUUAUUUUCGAAAAUUCUAAGAAUCUACAUAUGUAACAACAGUAAAUAAUUAUAUUGUGUCUACCCGUGUAAGUUACAUUUUAAUGGCUUACGAUUAAUUAUUAUUAUUUUUCAGUAUUUAUUACAUCGUGUUUCUAUGUUUUGCUCUUACGGAGCUACCCUCUCUUUCUCUGUCCCUCUUAUUUUUAACGUCCGAUGAUUUUUCUCGUAAUCGCGUGUCUCAGAAUUUUUGUGUUUAUCGAUGUUGUGUGUACAUAAUAAUGUUUUGAUUAUCUAUCCUGUACGGGCCAUUUAUGAAGCAGAUAUGUUUAAUAUUAAUAACCUACCUUUUUUUGUUCUUUUUUGUUCUCCUUUCUGAAAAUAAUGCUUCACGUUCGUGGAUUUUUUGUAAACUUGUAAUGGCUAUACUUAAACGAGGACAAGUUUGACACGAGCGGUUUAGUGAGAGAAUUAUCGAAUCGGUACCUAACGAUUCGCACGAAUGAAGUGAAAAUAUAUCUCUAAGUAUGUAAUAAGCGAAUAAUGAUCGAGACGAUGGAUAAAUGUAACACGACCUUACGAUUUUUCGUUUUAUGAGGUAGUAAUUAACGAUGGAGAUUUAUUUAUUAUUUUUUUCCCCCGACUUCUGUUAUCAAUUUUUAAGAUGUCAAUAUUAUAUAUAUUGUAUAAUUAAAUGGUAGACUUAGUAAAAA